UGUUUUGCAUCAACUGCUAUUGGUGUAAAGAAGCGUCAAUCUCUAAAGCACGCAAUUCUAUUGGUCAAUAAACUGCUAGGAAGGCGAUGCCUGUCAAAGAAAGGCUCAACACUUCGUGGUUUUCUUAGCUUCGUGCUAGGCGACGUCACAUGGGAAAUAAUACUUUAACCUGACAGUUAAAGUUUCUGCAGUCCCCUUCAGCCUGUUACCCACUAUUCCUUCUCACUUUUGGACUACUAAAGCAACAAGAUGGCAAAUGUUGGCAGGCUCUCCACCAAGGAUGCAGUACUCUUCCUGUGUGACAUGCAGGAGAAGUUCAGACCCAACAUCUUUCAGUUCACCAACAUUGUCAGUAAUGCAGCCAGAGUGCUCCAGGCCAGCCGUAUCCUGGGCAUCCCCCCCAUUUUGACAGAGCAAUAUCCUAAAGGCCUUGGACCCACAGUACCAGAACUGGGAGCUGGGGACCUGAAGGCCCAUGCUAAAACUUCAUUCACCAUGAUGAUAGAGGAGGUGGAGAAGGAACUACAGGCCCUGGGGAACCCCAAACAAGCCAUAUUGUGUGGAAUAGAGGCUCACGCCUGUAUCGCUUGCACAGCUUUUGAUCUGCUUGAGAAGGGGAUGGAGGUACAUAUUGUAGCUGACGCUGUCUCAUCCAGAAGCCAAACGGACCGUUUAUUUGCUCUGUCCCGACUGAAGCAGAGCGGCGCUUACCUCACCACCACAGAGGGCGUUCUGCUGCAGCUGGUUCAAGAUGCCAAGCACCCCAACUUUAAGGAGAUCCAGAAGCUUUUGACCCAGCCGUCCCCUGACACCGGCCUCCUCGCUCUCUUCAGCACUCUGUAGAGAGAGCCAUCUCCUGUCCCUGUGUCCCACUGUAAAUGAGCUGUACCAAUAAAGCAAUGCUGCUAC